UUAUUUCCCGGAUACAUUUCACUAUUUAGCUUCACUCUGCUUUAAAAGGAAAAGUUCGAAGAGUGCUACGUUUUAAAUGAACUCAUGCUGACGAAGUACACGCGCUCCUGCCUUGCGUCUUUUAACCUUUUCGUUUACUUUUGAAAGAAAAGACAUCAAAGCUAUGCUACAGAGAAAGUAAGUUACAUAUUUUACAUGAAAAAGUGCAUGUUUAGUUAAACAAAUGCGCGAAAGUGAUGGCUGCGCUUAGGCGUAAAUUUGGAGAAGAUUAUCAGGUGGUGAACACGAGCCGAGGCGCGACUUUCUCCAGCGCGCCCGUAAAGAAGAAACGCCAGCGCUUCGUGGAGAAGAACGGACGCUGUAACGUGCAGCACGGCAACCUCGGCGGAGAGACCAGUCGUUAUUUAUCGGACCUGUUCACCACCCUUGUGGACUUAAAGUGGCGCUGGAACCUUCUCAUUUUUAUUCUCACAUACACCAUCGCCUGGCUAGUCAUGGCCUCGAUGUGGUGGAUCAUUGCAUUUAUAAGAGGGGACCUGAAUCAUGGCCAUGACGCGACCUACACUCCAUGCGUCGCCAAUGUGUACAACUUCCCGUCAGCGUUCCUCUUUUUCAUUGAGACCGAGGCGACCAUUGGCUAUGGUUACCGCUAUAUAACUGAGAAGUGUCCUGAGGGCAUUAUACUCUUUCUCUUCCAGUCUCUACUGGGCUCAAUAGUGGACGCGUUUCUUAUCGGCUGUAUGUUCAUUAAGAUGUCUCAGCCAAAGAAACGCGCAGAGACGCUUAUGUUCAGUCAGGACGCGGUGAUCUCACAGCGAGACGGAAAACUCUGCUUAAUGUUCCGCGUGGGCAAUCUGAGGAACAGCCAUAUGGUGUCCGCGCAAAUCAGGUGUAAACUCAUAAAGUCUCGUCAGACACCGGAGGGUGAGUUCCUGCCACUGGAUCAGUGUGAACUGGAUGUGGGGUUUGGAACAGGCGCUGACCAGCUCUUCCUCGUCUCUCCUCUCACCAUCUGCCAUGAGAUCAACCCCAAAAGCCCUUUCUUUGACCUGUCCCAGCGCUCGCUUAUGAAUGAGCAGUUUGAAAUCGUUGUAAUCCUGGAGGGCAUUGUGGAGACAACGGGGAUGACGUGUCAGGCCCGUACCUCGUAUACAGAAGAUGAGGUGUUGUGGGGUCAUCGUUUCCUGCCCGUCAUGUCUUUAGAGGAGGGCUUCUUUCGGGUGGACUACUCCCAGUUCCACAGCACAUUUGAGGUGCCCACACCGCCAUACAGUGUAAAAGAAUGUGAAGAAAAAUCCUCGCUUACCUCUCCAACGGCCACUCCGCACCACGAGCACGCAUUCACCAUGGAUUGCCUGGAAGCGGGUGACGAAGGGGCUGGUCCAGGUUCUUGCAAGCUACCCAGUAAACUCCAGAAAAUGAAUUCAUCCGGCAGAGAAGAACUGCAGAGAAAAGUGUUGCGUCUCAGCUCUCAGCAGUCAGAGAAAGCGUCGAGCACAGGAGACCUUCCACUUAAACUGCAGCGCCUUGGCUCCAGCCCCGUUCAGGGUGACGGAGAGUCACGAUUCCACCUCAAGGCCCUAAAGGUGGGCUUUCAGCCUAUGGCCUUGUCCACUGGAGACCUACACCAUAGGAGCCUCCCUCAAACCCCUGCGGUCACGUAUCCCCACACUCCCCUACAUACGCCUAUGUCCUCUACUGGUGGACGACCAGAGGACAACCUGCCCCCCAAAUUACGGAGGAUGAAUGCGGAUCGCUAACCAAUAAGUGCAUUUGGAAUUGAAUGAGGACUUUUGUGGAGAAAGGUAAAAUGUAAAAUAACCUUGGAUGACUGCAGAAUGAAUGCAUGGGGUCAAAAACUGGUAAGAGGUGAAUAAUUUAUAGAAAGCAUGGGCUGUGGAAUUUAGUUAGUUGUUUGGUCAUUUAUCUAUCGGAAAGCACAAAUGAACGGGAAAGUACUGUAAUUUAGCAGUUUACUGGUGACUACAGUCACCCAGUGUAUCUCUCGUGCACACUUAAAGGAUUAGUCCAUAUUCUUCAAAAAAAUCCAGAUAAUUUA